AUGCCUCAUGCGGUCGGCAUCGGCUGUGUUGCGGAGGUCGGUAGUGUGUCUGGUGUGGUUGUGGUGGUCGCGGCUUGUCUGGCCAAGCUGACGAACAUUCUGGGGGGCGACACUGGCUGUGUCGCGGUGGUCGUUCUUUUGCACUGCACGCCGUGUCUUGCUGAAGUGCCGAAGGCUCAGGUGGCCGACAUUGGCUGCCUCGUUGUAGCUGCAGGUCUCGGCCACACUGCGACUUCACUGGCUGCAUCGUCUGCCUUUAUACUAUUGCUGAUCUUCGUGAUCACCGAUGCUGCCAACAGCGAGUUGCCAGACUCGAACGCGGCACCGAAAGGCACAUGUCCAAUCGGAAGUGGAACAGCGCAGCCAAAGGCCAAUGCUUCAAGGUCCAUUCUUGGAAACUACAGCCACUGGGCAAUCACCACGGACGCCGCACAAUGUGCAAACGUGAGCAGGAGCAUCUAUGCGAAGAACGGGAGCACCGUGGAUGCAGCCAUCGCCACUCUUCUGUGCAUGGGAGUCGUCAUACCUCACUCUAUGGGCAUUGGAGGAGGCUUCAUAGCGACUAUUUACAAUGAGUCAUCGCGAGAAGCACAAGUGUUGAUCGCCAGAGAAACAGCCCCGGCAAAUGCUAGCAGGGAUAUGUUCGUCAACAAUACAGCACUAAGUAAAUGGGGAGGCAUGGCGGUGGCAGUACCAGGAGAGUUGCGUGGCUACGCUGAGCUUCACCGUCAAUAUGGCAAGUUAAAUUGGAGCGAAUUGUUUGAAGACGCCAUUCUACUGGCGGAGUGUGGUUUUCCUGUUGGCCGUCACCUGGCAAUGGCUCUGAAAGCAGGCGAGAACUUUUCGACCGCGCUGGCAAACGAAACAAGGCGAGCGUUCUUGAAUAAAACGACAGGGAGAGUUCUUAAAGAAGGAGACACACUAAUCCAGGAGGAUCUGGCUAAAACCCUCAAAGAAGUGGCUCAGUAUGGAGCAGACUACUUCUACAAUGGAACGUUGGCCGAAGACAUUGUCAAGACAGUAAAGAGGUGGGGAGGCAUAAUGACUGUAGAUGACCUAAAGAACUAUUCAGUCCAGUGGAUGACACCUGUGAACACGACCUUUCAAGGCAACUACACGAUGUUUUCACCACCACCCCCGGGGAGCGGUCCAGUGCUAAGUUAUAUCUUGAAUAUUAUGGACAUGUUUAGAACGACGGAGAAGCCGUGCCUGCCGGACAACGUCACUACUUUGCACAGGUUUGCUGAAUCAUGCAAGUUUGGGUACGCAAAAAGAGCUCAGCUGGGUGACAUGAGUUUCGUGAACUGCAGUGAGCUCGUUGCAAAUAUGACGUCUCGAGAUUUCGCCGCACAAGCGAAGGCUAAGAUCAACGACUCUUGCACGUACAACGACCCGAAAUACUACGGCUUUGUGAAUGAGACUGCGCAGAAGGAUACAGGAACUGCCCAUGUAACCUUGUACGGCAGUGAUGGCAUCGCCAUUUCGGUUUCCAGCACCAUCAACUAUUAUUUCGGCAGCUUAGUACGCACAAACUCGGGCGUCUUGCUCAACGAUGAGAUGGACGACUUCUCGACGCCGGGAAAGCCCAACCUAUACGGACUAGCUCCUUCCAGUGCCAACUUUAUCGAACCAGCAAAGCGGCCCAUGUCGUCCAUGGCGCCCAUGGUGCUUGUCGACUCGGAAGGAAAAGUUCAGUUGUCCUUGGGUGGAACCGGUGGCCCGCUGAUCACCUCCGGCAUCUCUCUGGUGACUGUUCGGGCACUUUGGCAGGGUUACAAUAUCAAGCAGGCCAUCGACGAAGCAAGGCUACACCACCAACUCAUUCCGAAUAUCUUGAUGGUUGAACCUUUCUUCCCGCAGGACUAUGUAGAAGAACUGAGAAAGCUGGGCCACAACGUUACAAACCGCACCGGAAGGUUCAACGUUAUCUUGGGUGUUCAGCGAGAUGGUGACCACAUACUCGCCAACUCGGACUUCAGAAAAGGUGGCACCGUAGAUGGCGAAUGA